CUAUCGUUAUUGUUAAUGUCCUUGUUGCCAUCACAGUGGGUGACAGGCCUGAAGCCCCCAGGUGGGUGGCAGGAACAUACCUGCCUUUGCUCACGGCCGCUGGGCGAUUAUCUGCGCGGCCGCCGGUGUUGUGUGUCCCGCGGGCAGGGCCCGAGUUACAAGCGCCAGGAAUCCAGACGGUGUUUGGAGACGGGGGGUGGCGGGGGAGGCCGGUCCGCACAGGCCAAGAUGACGCCCAGCCCCACGUUGUUGCUCCUGCUGCCGCCGCUGCUGCUGGGGGCCCUCCCGCCGGCCGCCGCCGCCCGAGGCCCCCCGAGGAUGGCGGACAAGGUGGUUUCGAGGCAGGUGGCCCGUCUGGGCCGCACCGUGAGGCUGCAGUGCCCCGUGGAGGGGGACCCGCCACCGCUCACCAUGUGGACCAAGGAUGGCCGCACAAUCCACGGCGGUUGGAGCCGCUUCCGCGUGCUGCCCCAGGGCCUGAAGGUGAAGGAGGUCGAGCGAGACGAUGCUGGCGCCUACGUGUGCAAGGCCACCAACGGCUUCGGCAGCCUCAGCGUCAACUAUACCCUCAUCGUGAUGGAUGACACUGGCCCGGGAAGGGAGCGUCUGGGGCACGACGGCCCUUCUGGGGGCCAGGAGGACCCGGCCGGCAAGCAGUGGGCACGGCCCCGCUUCACACAGCCCUCCAAGAUGAGGCGCCGGGUGAUCGCGCGGCCGGUGGGCAGCUCCGUGCGGCUCAAGUGCGUGGCCAGUGGGCACCCACGGCCCGACAUCAUGUGGAUGAAGGAUGACCAGGCCUUGACGGGCUUGGAGGCCGGCGAGCACAGGAAGAAGUGGACGCUGAGCCUGAAAAACCUGCGUCCCGAGGACAGCGGCAAGUACACGUGUCGCGUGUCGAACCGGGCGGGCGCCAUCAACGCAACCUACAAGGUGGACGUGAUCCAGCGGACGCGCUCCAAGCCUGUCCUCACGGGCACGCACCCCGUGAACACGACGGUGGACUUUGGGGGCACCACGUCCUUCCAGUGCAAAGUGCGCAGUGACGUGAAGCCGGUGAUCCAGUGGCUGAAGCGCGUGGAGUACGGCACCGAGGGCCGCUACAACUCCACCAUCGAUGUGGGCGGCCAGAAGUUCGUGGUGCUGCCCACGGGCGACGUGUGGUCGCGGCCCGACGGCUCCUACCUCAACAAGCUGCUCAUCACCCGAGCCCGCCAGGACGACGCGGGCAUGUACAUCUGCCUGGGCGCCAACACCAUGGGCUACAGCUUCCGCAGCGCCUUCCUCACCGUGCUGCCAGACCCCAAGCCACCAGGGCCGCCCGUGGCCCCCUCGUCCUCGACCGCUAGCUUGCCGUGGCCCGUGGUUAUCGGCAUCCCGGCCGGCGCCGUCUUCAUCCUGGGCACCGUGCUCCUGUGGCUCUGCCAGGCUAAGAAGAAGCCGUGUGCGCCUGUGCCUGCCCCUCCUCUGCCCGCACACCGUCUGCCCGCGACUGCCCGCGACCGUGGUGGGGACAAGGACCUUCCUGUGCCCUCCGCCCUCGGCACCGCCCCCGGUGUGGGGCCGUGUGAGGAGCUGGGGCCUCCGGCAGGGCCCCAACACCUGCUGGGCCCCGGCCCGUCUGCCGGUCCCAGACUCUACCCCAAGCUCUACACGGAUGUGCACACGCACACGCACACGCACACGCACUCUCACGUGGAGGGCAAGGUUCACCAGCACCAGCACAUCCACUACCAGUGCUAGACGGCAACACCUCUGGGGCGCCGGCCCGCGGCAGCUCUCGGUGCCGUGGGGGUGGGCACGUGGAGGUCAAGGUGGGCAGGCUGGGGGAGAGGGCCACCGAGGGAGACGGACCACAGGCAGGAGGCGCGGCCAGCACCCCGGGUGCCCGGUGUGUAGGACACACACACACGUAUGACCUGGCUCUGGACACACACACACACACACAUCCUCAGACUGAGACGCUUUGGGGAAGGCCCGUGUUUGUAACUUUGCAGUGUGCAUGUAGCAGCGUGCUCGUUGAUGAAGGAAUCCCUUGGCUCCUGUGAGGAUUUCACAGGGACCACGGUCAAGCCACCCCUCCCCGCGCCUGGCAGGAGAUCUGAGAGGCACCCUGGCUUCGCGAACCGAGACUUCCCGCCCCCUGCCCUGUGCCUGCCGCCUGCGUCCCUGCCCAGGCCUCCGCGGGGGGGGGGGGGGGGGCGGCUAUUUCUGCCACCACGCGUCUGGGUGUCCGGGAGUCCCCCUCCCCACCCCCCGCCCCGGGGACCCUGGGCCAGGAGGUCAGGCACAGCAGUCCCCGCCGCGUCCCGAGAGGCCGGAGCCCGGCCCCGGGGUGACCCUGCCCCGCCCGGCCUCACACUGCCAGAGAUAAGGGCCCUCGAUAUUUAUAUUUAAGAAAUUAAGAUAAUAAUAUUAAUGCUGGAAGGAAGGUGGCGCCACAGACCCGGCCUGUCCCUGGGCCGGGAUGCACCUGGCCUGAUGGCCAACCGAAUGGCCCGACCUCGGGGGGCCACACACCCGUGUCCCACUGCCGGUGGCAGCCCCAGAGCUCUGUAAUUUUAUAUAGAUUUUGGGCUGAAGCUUCGUAUAUUUAAUUUAUUUUGUUAAACAAGAAAAGGUGCAUCCUUGCCCCUAA